UUACAGGGAACGACGCACUUUAGAAUCACAACCAAAUGGAAAAACCAUCCUCGUCCACUAUGCAGGGGCUCUAUGCGGAGCUGGCUUCCGCAAAGGCACGAAGUCUCCAACUGGAGGAGGAGAAUGUUCUACUGCGCCAUCGCCUCAAUCGAAUGUCCUCAGACCACCAGACAAACGCAGCCGUGGACGUGCAGGCCAGGAUCGUCGCAUUUCAGAUGGAGGAGGAGCGCGAUCAGCUGGUCGAGACAGUGCAGCAGCACAAGAAGAAGUACAAUAAACUGCACGAUGCCUACCUGGAGAAGGUGAAGCGCUGCAAGGCACUCGAGGAAAUGUUCAAGCGGCAGAAGACUCUCACGGGUCUGGUAAUGAAGUCGGCCGUGGAUCAGCGUCACACAGAACAGCGAAUGAUGAAAGAGAAGCGGAUGUCGGCACAGAACGAGCGCAAUGAGGUCGAGCAGCUGAAGGCUCAGGUGGAGAAGCUCCAAAGAGCUCUAGAUGAGUCCUAUGACAUCAUCGACGAAAUGGACUUUGAGCUGGACAGCGUGGACUUGCUGGAGACGCAGAACCAAACCUUGCGCGAGGAGGUGACUGCCUUGAAGGCGAUGCUAGGAGCAGCAGAUGGCGCAGUCUCUGCCUCCGCUCCCAUCGAAGAUGAUGAUCCUCCGCCCAAGUAUCAGCCGGAGGAUCCGACUGGCCGACACGAGUGUCGCAACUAUCGACAGCAUGUGGUCUCCUCCUGCUGUGAGUCCUGUUUGGGGGAUGAUGAUGCCGACGCCGAGACCAUGGAACGAGCAGCUCUGACCAAUAGCCUUAUCAAAACUGUCGAGACGGAGAGCAACAGUCUCCGACGGGAGCUGCUCAGAUCUCGUUGCCAGCUGAAAGUCCGCGCCAAGCUGGAGAAGGAGAGAGAUGAAGACACUGAAGAAUAGCAGGGGGACGAUUCAUCAUCCGACAAACAAGACCAAUCGAAAGAUGACAACCCAUGACCACAACAACUGAUAUGAUAAACUACACAGUGAAAACCAGGGGACGGGUCGGCCCACAACUGGCAGAUCGGAGACCGAAGACCAAAGACCGACCCCACAAAGUGCAAGUCUAACCCAGAUUCGGAGCAAGUUACGCCUAACAAGUGCACAUACCAGAGAUUGCUUUUAAGGUUCGACAAACACGAUCUGCAGCUAGACACCCAAUCCACAUACACAUCCAAAAACUUGGAGAUAAGAGUAACCUGAAUUUUGGCAAAAGGAAACCCGUCUGUCCAAUGGCGAUUAAUUAAAAUAUUUGUUAAUGGCA